GGGAUUGAUAUAUUUAAGAGUCGAGUGGGGAAAUGGCGUGGUGGGGUGUAACAACAGCAGUAGUCGGUCGAUUACCAUCAAUAAUAAUAAAAAACCACCACCCCUCUUCGCCCUUUUGUAUAAAAUCAUCAUCAAAUCACUACUCCGUCCACAUACUCCUCGAUAAUAAUAACAACUCGAUAAAACUAAAAUCAAAUUCAUAUUCAGUUGCAACAGCUGCCGCCACUUUUUCUUGUUGUUCAGCAGCUAUGUCUUUUUCUUAUGGUUAUGAUAAACAGCAACAACUGAUUGCUGCUAAGAAAGCUGUUUCUCUUGCUGCUCGUCUUUGCCAGAAGGUACAAAAAGGAUUGUUACAAUCAGAUGUCCAAUCGAAAUCAGAUAAAAGCCCUGUCACGGUCGCUGAUUAUGGGUCCCAAGUUCUUGUGAGCUUUGUUCUCCAGAAGGAACUUCCUGCCCAGGCGUUCUCAUUAGUGGCCGAGGAAGACUCUGGAGAUCUCCGUAAAGAAGAAUCCCAAGAAACUCUUCAACGUAUCACCAAACUAGUUAAUGAUACAAUUGCUAAUGAUGGAACUUACAAUGUACUACCGAUGUCUGAAGCCCAAGUGCUCACCAUAAUUGAUUGUGGUACAUCCGAAGGAGGACCUAAUGGCCAGCAUUGGGUUUUGGAUCCUAUUGAUGGCACUAAAGGUUUUCUAAGGGGUGACCAAUAUGCAAUAGCAUUAGGUCUGCUAGAUGAAGGGAAAGUUGUAUUAGGUGUCCUUGCAUGUCCAAAUCUCCCACUAGAAUCCAUUAGGAGCCAACAUCAAAAUGCUGCUGAUAAAGUAGGAUGUUUGUUUUCUGCACAAUUGGGUUGUGGAACAUACAUGGAGUCUCUAAAUGGCUCACCACCCGUGAAGGUGCAUGUUAGCGACACGGAAAAUUCUGAAGAAGCUUCAUUUUUUGAAUCAUAUGAAGCUGCACAUUCGUCCCAUAGUUUAUCGGGCUCUAUAGCUAAGAAAUUGGGGGUUAAAGCGCCACCUGUUAGAAUCGACAGCCAGGCAAAAUAUGGUGCGUUGUCACGAGGAGAUGGGGCAAUAUAUUUACGGUUUCCAAAUAAAGGAUACCGUGAGAAGAUUUGGGACCAUGCUGCUGGAUACAUCGUUAUUGCAGAAGCUGGGGGUGUUGCAUCAGAUGCCGGUGGAAAGCCUUUAGACUUUUCAAAAGGAAGAUAUCUGGAUCUGGACACAGGCAUUAUUGUUACAAACCAGAAACUGAUGCCUGCUCUCUUGAAGGCAGUUCAAGAUUCUCUCAAUGAACAAGCUUUGCCAUCACUCUAACAAGAUCUCUUUUAAAGGUGGGAAUGCUCCUGUUUUUCUGGUUAUGGCUUUGUGCAUUAUGAGUUUCUAAAGCCUAUUGUUUCUUUAAGGUAAGAAUGCUUCUGUUUUUCUGGUUAUGGUUUUGUGCAUUAUGAGUUUCUAAAGCCAAUUGUUGCUUCUAUUUCAUCACAGUAGAGUUCUUGGUAUGAGUUGAUAUGAAGUUUAAGUUUUUAUUUGUCAAUAAAAGUUACAAUACAUGUGGCUGUAGUCAUUAUAUCGAAAACAUAUCUUUUAUGUUUACCUGUUGCAGCAAACAUGGAACUGUAGGUUCAACUGAUCAUCUAUCUUUGGAUUUUGGAACAA